UGACUUAUUCUAAUUUGUUUCGUUCGAAUCUGUUUUCUAUAAAUUUAAAAUUCACCCACUUUUUGCCGUUUUCUGGCUGAGUAAAUAAGAUAUGAUGCUUAUAAUCAUAUUUGUUGAAAGAAAAUUUGAAAGUGUUCGACGCUUUGGCUUUAAAUCUGUAUGUUAAGCUGUUUCUGAAGAUUUUAUUCUAUUUAUAAAUAUUGAUCAUGUUAUUUGAAAAUAAAUUCAUGACGGUGGAACAGUAUCUACGGAAAUUGUCUGGAUUAGACAAAGAAGUCGUUCUUGUGGAUCAUAAUUAUGUUAAAGCAUGGAAUGCACAUCCUGAUUCCAAUCGAGCAAAACCCGCACGUUUGCUUUUUAUGAAAGGAUUACAGCGAUAUCCUCUACUUUCCGAUGCCAGCAAUAUUUAUGAUGUUGAUAUUGAAGUGUGUGACGAACCUUUGGCAUCGCCAUUCGAUAAUUCAAAAAUAAAAGCUUUAACAAAUGAAUGUGAACGAAGCUUGAAGAAUAACCAUUUGUUUAAAGACAGAGAACAUGAUGAAGAAAUCGAUUUAUCUAGUUUGUCUCCUUCUCAAAGAAAAUUGUAUCAGCAAGUUUUGAAUGUGCUCCGUGAGGAUGAGCUAUCAAAGCUAUGCUACAAUGGGAGUCCCAAUGAGCCUUUGAAGAGGAGACUUUCUCUUGAUAAGGCUGCAAGGCAGAUUAGACAGAUAUUUGGUUUAAUAUUUUGGGAUAUGAAAGAAAUUUCAUGGAUUCAUAGAACUAUAGUUAAUUACUGUGAUAUUUCAACAGUUUCAUCAUACAUUGAUGUGUUGCAAACUUUGAAAGUGAAGAUACCCACUCUGAUUGAAAGAGUGCUCCAGUCAUAUGCAGGGACACCGAUUGGAGAUGCUAUAAUUCAAUUAAUAAAAAAGCCAUGGGACCCUAUUCAACCUGUUUUGAACCAAAAUAAGCCUAAAAGGCUUCCAGGGAAUCCUAUCAUAUUAAUAUGUCCCAGUGCCCCAAAUCAGAAUGUGAUGAAUACUCAUUCUCCUAGAUUGCGAUUUUGGCAUAAUAACCUAUGUUCAAUGUGUAAGGUUUUGAAUGUUCCUAUGUACUCGGAAGAGAGAAAAGACACUUCCACCAUAGAAGAAUGCCUAGACCAAAUUAUAUUGAGCAUAAGGAACAAAGUGACUGAAUUGAAAAACCAUUAUCCUAACAGGCCUUUAAUAUUACUGGGGUGGACAAUUGGUGCUCUGAUUGCUUGUCAUAUUGCUCUUCAAGAACCAGUUGAUGGGAUUAUUUGCAUAGGUUUUCCUCUUACUGGUGUAAAUGGAUCAAGAGGUGAUUUAAAUGAUCCAUUGUUGGAAAACAAAGUUCCGACAUUGUUUAUUGUAGGCCAGAAUGCUCGAAUGUGUUCAACUGAUGAUGUUGAAGACUUCAGAUCCCGAAUGAGAGCUGAAACUGGGUUAGUUAUUGUUGGAGGUUGUGAUGAUUUGCUAAGGAUGUGUCCUUCAAAAAUGAAGCUUGAAAAUGCUACUCAAGCAAUAGUUGAUCGCUGUCUUAUAGAUGAAAUUGCUGAUUUUUUGAUGACCGUUGUUAUUAAAGUACCUUCUGCAAAUGCUUUAGCUAAUGCUAAAGCUUGCACUCCAAUUAAAGAAGAAUCUGAAGUGCCUGCGGAAACUUGGAAGCCCGAAGAAGAAGGGAAGCGGAGACGAAGAAAACCGAGAGAAUAUUCACCAGAGCUCUCUCCAGUUCGAAAACGUGCCAGACAUCACAUUCAAAGACAGUCUUCCAGUUCAAAGGCCAGGCUAUCCCCUUCCAGCUCAGAAACUUCUAGUUCAGGCUCACUUGUUAAUGAGGCAACAGCUGUCUCUAAAUCAGUUAAGAAACAUCCUGAGAAAAGAAUUGGGAGACCCACUGCUGGAACCUGGCGUAAAAGAACUCCUUCAAAGUCUAUGGAAACUCAGUCGCCUGAAAUUUCUCCAAAGAAGAUUCUUAGAAUGGAGGAAAUGUCUUCACCACCUAAAACUUCUAUGCCAACUGAACCGAAAUUACCUUUCUCCAAAAAUAUACUUCCAAAGAAAAAUGAUCCUGUUGAUGUUGAAAAAGCUUUUGGAAAAGACAGUAGUUUCCUUCCCCGUCCUUUGACACCCCCUGAACCAGAAGAUACUGUUUCUGCGGAAGAGACAGAAAAAGCAUUGGCAGAAUUGGAGGCUAUGUCAAAUGCAACACCUGAUUCACAAUUAAAUAAGAAUACAAGUGCAACUACUACAAGUUUAUUGGGUGAUAUACUUAGUAGUGACAGGGCAUUUUUACCUAUAUCAGAUCUUGAGAGUGAAACAAAAAAAUUGGAUACUGCCCCAGCAUCUCAUAUUGAAACUGUUCCAACAGCAGUGCCAUCAACUGAAAAUAAAACAACUGUAUCUGUGUCUUUAGCUUUAUCUCCUAGCUUACAAAGUAUGCUUUCGCAAGGUAAGCAAAUAUCACCAGGCUCUUUACAAGCAUUAAAGACAAGUGGCAUUAGUUUACUUGCAAACAGUUCUGUAAAUUCAUCUAGUCCAAAGUCCACUAUCAUUACAGUACCGUCUGCUAGUGCGGCCACUAUUUUGGUUUCAAGUCCUGCACUGAGAUCCCAACCAGGCAAAAUGAUCCAGUUACUUGCUAAAAGUAAUUCAUCAUUGACUGUCAAAAGUCCUGGAAGCUCUGGUAAAGAAUCUUCCGAGCAGCAAUCUUGUAAUCUCUCUCUUCUUUCGGAUGUAGCUGGCAUGACUGAGCAUAUGAGCAAUUCCUCUAAAAUGGCCGAUGUCUCCUCACAACCUGCAGCAACCUUAGUGAAGCUUGCUGCUUCAGAUAACAAGGGACCUUUUCAAACUAUGAAGUGCUUGAAAGUUAUCAAGACUGUAAAACCGCCAUCUCCUCCAACCAGGAUUGAAACUGCUGAAGAACUGGUAGAGAAGCAGUUGGCAAUCCAGUCUCUCAAUAAGAGCAUUGGCAUAGAAUCCCAAAGUAAUCUUGUGAAAGAAUCUGGUUAUUCAAUUUGCUAUGCUAAAGCAGAUGGAUCUAUUGUAUCGCGUUCUGUUACAAGACCAAAUUUUACUGGUUAUGUGACUGUACCGCCUAUACAAGGUCAAAAUAGAGGAAGGGGUAGAGCUCGUUCUGUAUUUAAUAAGCAGAUAAGAUUUGGAAAUAUGUAACAGAGGAUUUUAAAUGGCAUGUGUAGUCAGUUUGAAAAUGGUUUUAAUGCCUUUUUAAUAUAAAUACUGCUUUAAAUUUUUAUUUAUAACAAUUCAGUACUUUUUCGUAGGCUAACAUAAGGAUCAGGUUAUUUAAUAAUAUGCAAUAUGAUAUUUCUAAAAUCCUUCAUUUUUUUAACUAGGGCAGUUUCAUAUAUGUAGUCAGCAUAUAUUUUAAGGGAUUCGGUUAUUUUUUGCUUGAUUGGAAACAAACUUAGUUAGCUUUCAAAGUAAUAUUGAAUUUUCUUUGCAUUAUAUAUACCGUAAUUUCGCAGUAUAGUCCGCAGACGCGAUUUUAUAUUUAAAAAAAUUCAAAAAUCGUCAGAUAAUCCGCACCACCGGGUAGUCCGCGGACUAUACGUCCGAAAUUACGUUAUUUUAAUACGGCAAUAUUAAUGUAUUUUAGAAACAAAGAACUAAGUAUAAAUAGAAAAAAAGUACUUACUUACUAAUAUACCUUCAGAAAUAAAACGCUAAAUACAAAUAAAAAACAUUGCUUAUUAAUUAAUCAUAUAUUAAUUAAUCACACAUUCUACUACAUUAACGAAAACCUUCAAAGUCCGAUUCACCGGUAUCAGAACAAAACAGUUCUAAUAUAUUUUCGGGAAGAGUGUCCGAAAGUUCAUUUUCAGCAUCACUAUCUUCACUAACAAUCCCGGCUUUUAUGAAUCCCGAUCGGAUGGUUGACACUUUAACACUUUUCCAGGAUUUAUCGAUCCAUUCGGCAACUUCAGUGUAUGAAGCGCGUCUCAUAUUUCCUCCUUUUGUGAAAGUAUGUAAACUUUCCGACAUCCAGUUCUCCCAGCAAGCACGUACGUGGGACUUGAAACUUUUGUUCACGCUAAUAUCCAGAGGUUGCAGGAUUUUUGUUAAACCUCCUGGAAUAACGCUAAGUUCAGCACCGAAGUUGUUUUUUUUUUUUUUUUUUUUUUUUAGCUUCCGCCUUUACACUGUCUUUUAUGUGUGCCCUCAUGGAAUCCAUAAUUAGUACUCCUUUGGAAUUGAAAAAAGCACCUUCUCUUUUCUUCCAAGCCAAGAGAAACCAAUCGAGCAUAAUGUCCUCGUUGCACCAAUCCUUUUCAUUGCACUGUAUUACGACGCUUCGAGGAAAAUUUUCCUUGGGAAUUGUUUUUCUCUUAAAGAUUAAGAGCGGCUUCAACUUUGUGCCGUCAGCACAGCAGGCGAGCAUCACUGUGAAAUGGGUCUUUUCUUGACCAGUUGUUGUUACUGAUACUGUUUUCAUUCCACAAGUAUCGACGGUGCGAUUCGGUGGGCAAUCAAAUGUUAAUGGAACUUCGUCCAUAUUUAUAAUAUUUUUCAGGGAAUACUUCCCUUCUGCAAUAACUUUCCUUGUAACCUGAAGGAAAGAAGCUUUUUUUUUUUUUUCAUCUACGUCGUCCGGAACAGCCUGACACAUUGUCGUUCUGCUGCGAAUUCUCAAGUUUUUACGACGUAUGAAGCGGUAAACCCAAUUUAUUUCUCCCUUGAAAUCCGUUAUCUGCAUCUCGUCUGCCAUGGACUUCGCUCGGAGACGGAUUUUAACUGUUGAAAUGGAGCGUCGGGCAUUUCUUUGGUCGAGAACCCAUCUCAGUAAAUUUUCCUCUAAAGCUGGCCAUUUUACUUUUCCGUGCCGAUUGGAUAGCUUUCUUCCCAUGCUUUUUAACACAUCCUUUUGUUUGCGCCAAUUUCUCACCGCUUUCUCCUCCACUUCAAAAUAACGGCCCGCUUCUCUAUUUCCAUCUUUUUCAGCUUUCUCAACUACUUUGAGUUUAAACUCAGCAGUAAAACUCCGGCGAUGUUUCAUCAACGUUAUCGAAGAUGAAAGACAAAAUACGAAAACUAAAUACUGUGCAACGUGCUAUCCUCGUGAUAAGUGGUAAUGAAAUGUGACCUUCGACCCCACUCACUCGGUGUUGCCAAACCACGCUAUAAGUAAAUGAAUCACGCUUUCCUAAAAACCGAGCUGGACGCAUCAACUACUUUCCCCCCUCUCGGCAGUUGCGCUAAAGCAGUGCGAAGGAUACUGGGAUACAAGACUCUGGUUGCGCUAAGUGAGUGCUCAUAUCCCGGCAUCGCUUGAUGCGCCAGCCUGGAUUUUAGGAGCUCUACUUGCUACUACUCAUUCGUUCUGCACUAUGCUCUAUGGUUUACUAUCGAUACGAUACAUACGAAUGUUUUCUUGGAAUCUCGCGCUUUUUUUAUAUUUGAUCAUCGGCAGUUCACGACAACGUGUUUUUUAAAUUUCAACGAUUUUAACCGUGAACAACCAGCGUAUUAUCCGCACUGGUUGAUAGUCCGCAGCUUCAAAAAUUCGUAUUUUAAACACAGAUAGUCCGCGGACUAUACGCGCGAAAUUGCGGUAUAUUAUUCAAGCUCUUGUCUAAAUUACAUUUUGUAAUGUUACUGCUAAAAAAUAAUUAGUAAACUCAUUGAUAAUGUGUUCAUUAUUCUAAUGACCAAAAUGCUAGCUUGCUAAGUUGUAAGUUCGAUCUCUGUUACAAUUUAUGCAUCCCCCCCCUCUCAUUCUCUUAAAAUUGUAAAAUAUUUACUUAAAUUGUAAAAACUCUUGUUUUAGGAAAGGUUGAUUUAGCUGUAAAUAAGCUAAAAUAUUUCUUGAAUGAAAUUAAUUAUCCCGAAGAUAAUUACUGAUUUUCUGUCUUUAUAAAGUACUGUUUGAUUAUUUUUUUUUUUUUUUUCGUCUGCUUAUCAUUGUCGCCCUAUGCCAAACAUAAAUGCUUGUGUGAGAUGUUGCUAUUCUAUUAGCUUUGUCAAGUAUAGUCAUCUAAUGCUGUAUGAAAAUGUAUGUUUUAUACAUCAACUUUGCGGCAAAAGAUUAUUAUGCCCGAUUUUUAUUUAUUUAUGCUGUGUUUUCUUAAUUAACAGUCUUCCUAGAUAUUAGUUAGUUAUAUUGAUCUUCAUGUGGUACAGAAUAUUAUUUUUUCAUUUAAUGACAUAUUUUUAACCUUCCUUUGUUUUUGACUUUGGGAUUGUAUAUAUGUAUAUACAAAAACAAAUAAUACUUAUAGUUUUUAAAAUUUAAAUACUAAUUGGUGGUAUUUAGUGCUUCCGUUAUGAAAAUAUUAAGCUCAAACAAAAUAUUAACAAAUCUGUAAAAUCUUUUGUUAAUAAAUAUUUUUUAUUAAAAAAUAAAAACAAAGUUUUUAGAUUAUAAACCUCUUGUAAAAUAUAUAUUCCUUUGUGA